AAGAUUAAUGGGAGGAUAUUUUUGGUAUACAAAAUGACCAAUGAACACUAUUAUUUUUAUAAAUAUACACUAUAAAAUAUGCAACGUGACAAGAUGCGGUUCAGGCCAUGGCCAUACUCUUUUGUCUUGGUCUCAUAAUGAACGUGGUACUGGUCAUGCUGCUCUCAUGCUCGACUUCCUCAUCUCUCCAUAAAACUUUUUUACUUCAGCUUCCCCUCUUUCCUAGAAAUUUCUCGUAGUUCUGCUAGUAAAGACGAAGAAGGCGAGUACCAAAUUCCCUCUUCCUCGAAGAGUGGAACUUUUGCUGCUGAGCAAAUGCAGGCAACCAUAAGUGCCAUUUUGUUUGAGCUUUUGCUUGUUUCAUCCUUGGGUGCUCCCUCUCCUCUCUCUCUCUCUCUCUCUCUCUCUCUCAGAACAUUGCAGGCUAACGUGGUGAAGUUCUCAGGGCUCCCCACCUGCAUACCUGAUAACUUUAUAGAUGGAAGCCAAACUAUGGCUGGUCCCCAUCCUUCUCACAUUUGCUUCUGCUGGCCUCGUCGUGAAUCUAUUUCUCAUCGACACCAAAGAAGCUCCAGUUGCAGACGUCGUAGGGAAUUCGCGUGACAGUGGCGAAGCAGUGGACUUUGGAGUCAAAAGAAACCUAAUUCCCUUCCCCUCCACAGCGCUUGAAUGGUUCGGAGGAAUGAUAAUGGGAAUGGUAGAAGAAGCAGAGUCCAUUGGUGAUACCACAGUUAGAAGCAAGAGCAACAAGUACCACAAUAUUCCUUUCAGCCCCAACCCAACAACAUGCCAUUGCCCAGCCAAUGGACCGAGCUUCGGCUCUGCUCCUGCACCCACGGACUUUGAAUUCCCUGAUCCUUCCUCGCCCAUGCGAGUCCGUCCGCCGGCCCAUCUUGUCAGCGAGGACUACUUCGCGAAUUACUCGAAGGCGAUCGCUAUAAUGAAGCAGCUCCCCCCCGAUCACCCCCAUAGCUUAAAGGGCCAAGCUGAGAUGCAUUGGAUCUACUGGAAUGGAGCCGACAACCACGUCAACUCCUCUAACAUUCUUAAGAUCCAGAGAUCAUGGUUCUUCUUCCCGUGGUACCGGAUCUUCAUCUACUUCCACGAGCGCAUCAUUGGAAAACUUAUUGGAGACGACGCAUUCGCACUUCCCUUCUGGAACUGGGACUCCCCUGAUGGGAUGAUGAUACCAGAUAUCUACACAAAGGGCUCUCCAAGCGACACCAGAAUUGUAGACAUCGAUUUCAACGAAGUGGAUAGCGGCCUGGAACCAGAGGAGCAGAUAUCUACCAACCUCGGAAUCAUGUACCUUCAGAUGAUCUCCAGUGCGAAGAAGCCCGAGCUAUUCAUGGGUUGCAGGCUAAGGUCUGGUGAGGAGGGGGACUGCGAUGGGCCAGGAAGCAUCGAGUCGGCACCCCACAACACGUUGACUAGAUGGUUGUGGAGGAGAUUCUUCUCAGCUGGCCAUGACACAUUGCUCUAUGCACACCAUGCAAACAUAGAUCGGCUGUGGACGGUGUGGAAGAAGAUGAAUGGAAACGAGCUGGAGUUUGCGGACACCGAGUGGCUCGAUUCGGAGUUCUGCUUCUAUGAUGAGAAUUCCCGCCUGGUCAGGAUCAAGGUGCGAGAUUGCCUCGACACAACCAAGCUCGGGUACAGGUACGAGGAUGUGGACCUGCCUUGGCUUGCUGCGCGCCCCGAACCUUCCAUUCCGCCGAGGAUUGCGCAUGAUAUGCUGAAGACGAGAGAAGCUGGCAACGUACUAAGAAUGCCGGGUUCCGCCGGUGAGCUCGUGGACGUCGGGCAAACUAGCUGGACGUUAGACAAGUCCGUGACGGCGAGGAUCCACCGGCCAAGGAGGCAGAGGACCAAGAAAGAAACAGAGGAAGAGGAGGAGGUCUUGGUGGUCUACGGAAUAGGCGUAAAGAGAGAUACGUACGUCAAAUUCGAUGUCUUUGUUAACAUCAUUGAUGAGACGAUGGUUAGCCCCAGAUCAAGGGAAUUUGCAGGGAGCUUCAGCACCGGAGUCCGCCAUGGCAAGAGGCUGGUGAGGGACGAAGGUGACGCGGUGACGAAGUCCAAAAGCAAUCUUAAGUUGGGGAUAUCUGAGCUAUUGCAAGAUCUUGAGGCGGACGGGGAUGAGUACAUUUGGGUGACGUUGGUGCCGAGAGGGGGAACCGGGCUGGACGCGACGGUUGAUGGGGUUCGGAUUGAGUACAUGCGAUGGUAGGACAGCUAGUUGCAGCUAGCGGAUGCAAUUGUGCUAGCUUCUCUUAAUAUCAGUGGUCCUAUUGACAAUUCAAAUAUGAAUCCAUAACAGGUUUGCAUUGACCAAAUUCCAACUCAACCUUUAGCUGCUUCUUGUUGUUUUUUUAUCCUUUUUUUUUGUAAUAAGAAAAGCCACCAUGUUUCUGCCAUUGGAAACACCAAGUAGAAGAUGAGGCUGGGAAGCUUUGAUUGCAA